ACUAGAUCAUUCCCACUUCCCUUAUCUGACUCACUAAAAAUUGCACUCUCACUUCGUACCCACACUAACAUACUGACACUCUCUUCGCCUUCAUGGCAACGGAGCUACAGCCGCCGGAAGUCUCAAUUUCGAUUGGCCCACCAACCACUAACGCCCAAUCUUCUGGCCCACCUCCAAUUGAUCACUCAAACCCUAAAGCAGGACCCUCUGCCACCAACAACCCGGCUCCGAGCCUUGCCCCCAAACGACAGCGUCGGCCCAGUGUCCGCUUGGGCGAGAUCGGUGGCGACCCACCUUAUGACCACCACAACCGUCGCCCUAACAAAACAUGGCGCUUCCACAAAGACCCUUCUUUCGCCACCAAGGCAUCCAGGACCCGUCCCCUCACAAACCUGGUUAACGGCGGUGAGUCGAAUUACCAAAAUACCCUCGAACCCACCGAGAAUUACACAGUCUCCAUGGAGCUCACCCACCGGAAGCCGAAGAAUAAGAAGGCUACCAAGCGGGUCCGGACCAACUGGAAUAAAUUUGAAUCCGCGGUCAAUAAUGGAGGUGGUGGCGCUGGUGGAGGAGGAGCGAUAGCUGAUAGCGGGAACAAUUUUGAUGAAGAACGGAAUAAUAAUAAUAAUGCCGAAUUUCAGGAUUUUGAGCCCGAGGGCUCUGAGAGUCCCCUGUUAAAAGAGCAGAGCCCGGUCAAUUCUGUUGAGAAUAUGGGGCUGCAGUAUUGGGAUCAACAGAGGAGAGGAAGUAGGGUCCGGGUUUCGGAGAGUAAUGGAAUUACUCAUGACGAGAUGAAUUCGCAGGAACAGCGCAGUGGGCGGAACGUUGCAGUGAGGGAAUGGUUAAUUGGGUUGGGGUUGGGCAGAUACUCCCCAGUUUUUGAGGUACACGAGGUUGAUGAUGAGGUAUUGCCCAUGUUGACAUUGGAGGAUCUCAAGGACAUGGGGAUCAAUGCUGUUGGCUCACGGAGGAAAAUGUACUCUGCUAUUCUCAAGCUGCAGAAAGGGUUUUCUUCAAAUCUGAUGCAGAACAGUUGUGUGGGUAAGUUGAAGGAACUUUGAAGGCCUUUAUCCGUAAGAGGUUUCUAUGAGAGGCAAUAUGGAGCGAUUGAAAUAACAUCAAGAGACAGAAUCAUACAAUACAUUUUUCACUUCUUUUUGACAUAGUACCAUUUAUUUCAAAUGAUUUCAAGAGGUCGAAUUGUGGAUAGCAAUUAUAUCUCCUCCAACAUUUGGAGCUAUCUUUUCCCUUUA